UGCAGCUCUCGAAAAACCCGGGAACCGCUGGAACAAGUGUUCAGUGAUCUUUAUUUGUUUUUCGUUAUGUAUCUGCGUAAUGGUACGUUGUGCAGCUUACAAUAGCAAAAAUGAGGAUAAGAAUUCUUCGGAAAUCAGCAGAACAACAUUUCGUAGUAUACGACGGAAUAUGGAAGCUGCCACCAACUAUAGAGGCCACAGAAGCGCUACCAAUUCAUCUGAGGAUUUGGCAAGACAUCGAAAUGACCUUGAAGGGGAAGGAAUUUCAGAGGUAAGAAGAACAGACGAAGCGACCUACUACUACAUGCUGACCACCAAACGUCGAUCAAAGUUAACGUGGAAACUUUGCCGAGAGACUUUCGAACAUCCUUCCCUACUGCUCAGCAGUGUAACUACAGUCACCUACUUAACCUCUACCCAACCAAAUGAUGGAGCGGGGAGAAGCUUCGUGUCGCGUGUGUGGAGACAAAGCCUCCGGAAAGCAUUAUGGCGUCCCGUCCUGCGACGGCUGCAGAGGAUUCUUCAAGAGGUCGAUCCGUCGCUACAGAAAUAAGACUCUAGACUACGUCUGUAAGGAGGCUGGAAGCUGCGUUGUGGACGUCACGCGGAGGAAUCAGUGCCAAGCCUGCAGGUUCAAGAAGUGCCUGGAUGUCAACAUGAAGAAGGAUGCCGUCCAGCACGAGAGAGCUCCAAGAUCCUGCCAGAAACGACCGAUGUUUGCUCCAGAUGUCCCCGUGACGGCAGGAUUUCCACCUGUGUCCGUUGGAGGCGGUGCUGGCCUUCCCCCUCUACCCCCUUAUUAUCCAGCCCUGUUGCCCCCCAUGCCCUUCAAACCCCCUUUCUUGCCAAUUACCCCUUCCAUGGCUCCCCUGACUUUGCAUUUCAGCCAUAACUCGGCUUUCAAACCCAACUUAGCCGCCUUGGCACCUGACCUUCGUCGACCUCUCUCAGACGCAUCACCGCCUAUCGAUCUCAAGCCUCAGCUAACAGAACGCCCCGAGCACAAAUUCCUCGUCGGGAGCAACAUCGAGUACAAACCGCCAAUCAUGGAGAGGUUGAAUUUGAAGCCACCACUCGCAGAGAGGAUAGAGCUCAAGUCACCAACGGUCGAAGUGCGCCAGCCAGUCAGCGACGCCAGCGAGGUUUGCCGAAUAGCCAAUGGGAGGUCAGCAUUCAGCCCCCCUCGCCGGCCGUCGACUUCCCCGCCACAAGCUUUGGGUGAAUCUGAAGUCUCGAGCUCUGACGUCGUUAGAAAUGCUGAUAUCACACCAGCCGUAGCCGAGCCUCCCCAACCCCCAAAUAUCAUCAGGUGUAACAACAAUAACAACAGCGACAGCAUAAACAACAACAACAUAGGCUUCUUUUUCACUCGCGACCUCCACAAUAAAUUAAAUGCGUCAUACAAGCCUUGCUCUCCCCCGAUGGCCACGACCAACACGCCCAGCCCAUCUCCCACGAGCACAGCAACAUCUACGACCACACCCACGCCCACAGCGACGCCCACAGCCAUUCCAGACAGCCCCCCGGUCCAUACGCAACAGACGCUCCACGUCACGGCGCCCCACACGACCACCACCACCACCGCCGCAUCGGCGCCACCCAUCACGGUCGACGCAGGCGCCCUGGUCAUCUCGCCCUCGGACAGCGUCUACGAAAACGCCGCCAAGCUCCUGUUCCUGGGCGUGAAAUGGGCGCGCUCCAUUCCCAGUUUCAUGCAGCUUCCCUUCAGAGACCAGGCCAUCCUGCUGGAGGAAUCCUGGAGCGAGCUUUGUGUGGCCGCCGCCCAGUGGUCCCUUCCCCUUGAUGAAGUGUCACUUGUUCGGGACGCCGGCGUCAAUGGGGAGCAAGAGGCAGCGCUGGGUCGCGAGAUCGAGGCCAUGAAAGACGUCAUCACGAGACUGCACGCACUCAGGGUCGACCACACGGAGUACGCCUGCCUCAAGGCACUGAUUCUCUUCCGACCAGAAGCCAGAGGCUUGCGGGACGGUUAUGGAGUCGAAGUCCUUCAGGAUCAGACGCAGUUGAUGCUGCACGAGUACCUGGCAAGCAAAGUCUGUGGUGCUGGCGGUCGGGUCCGAGCCGGGAAACUUCUGCUGCUCUUGCCUGCUUUGGGACAUAUUUCGGCCACAGCCGUCCAGGAGAUCUUCUUCAAAAGGACCGUAGGAAACACUCCCAUCGAGAGAGUCUUGUGCGACAUGUUCAAGUCUAGCUGAGAUUCGGCCAUCGAAUUCAUCAGAUCCAGAUUCCUUUUCAGAAUGUAGCGAGGGAAAUGGUCAAGGUGAAGUUCAUUACAAGACUGUAGGAAAGUUUUGUACAACGAAAAGGUUUUUUAUCAAAGGCCAUUAAGAAGAAGAAGAUUUAAAGAAGAAGAAGAAGAAAUGGCGAACCUGUUCUUGGUACGAACCUAGAAAUUCAAGUCAACAGGGCAUAAACCGGACAGAAAAAACCUUCGAAUGAAAUGCUGUGUUAAGUUAGCACUUGCAAAUUUGGAUAAAAUAUACCAAGUGUACGAAAAAUGACAGUUUUCGCAAAUAGGAUGACGAAAAAUGAACGAAUUUUUGACAGAGAAAUAUGGCUUGGCUUAUUAGCAUAUCUGAGCUCAUGCGCUGUUGAAACAUUUACUUGUGAAGUGUAAAUAACUGUUUGCGCAGACUUAUUAUAUCUGCAACCAUUUAAGAAUAAGAAAUAACAAAUGGAAGUCACCUGCUUCAUGUUUUCCAGGAGGCAAUAUGGAAUGAAGAAAAUGAAUGAGUGUCACUAUUGCUUUGUUGAAUAAACGAAUAUUGUUGCUGAAAAUAUGGUUCAUCCAUCUUCCACGAUUCAUUGUUGUCUACGACACUUUUUUUUUCAAUAAAGCUGCUAAUUAAUUACCUUGCGUGAAGUGGAAAGUGGACUCUGGUCAUAUUCUCCCCCUAAAACUGUCUGAAGGACGUGUAAAUAUUUCCUUAUCCUUCUCUUGGACAGACAAUGCUGGUUUUUUUUUUUUUUUUUUCUAAUCGGCGUUAUUUCAUUACUUCAGAGGGGAAGGGACAGGGCCUUCAUAUCCAGUGGUAUGUCUUUGUUUAUCUCCCUCUGGUGGUGACUAUUUAUUUCUUGAAGACAGAAUGUGACUUAGUGAUUGUAAAUGCAUAUGAAUGAUAUAUGUUCAUAACGCAACUUUACGUCCAUUUAGUGUCCACUAUGUUAUUUAAUGCUUCAGUUCUGACCUGAAAAUAGUACUAAAAUCAAAUCGUUUUAGGUUCAUCAUUCUGUCUGACAAGUUUCUGUUUUAUGGAAGUAAGACAAAUAAGUGUCUCAGCGCUUCAGUGGCGUGAUCGGUAUGGUCUUGACCUGCCACCUCGGUGGCCGCGAGUUCGAUUCUCGGGCAUUCCAUUGAGGUAUUAGAUAUUUGUAUUUCUGGUGAUAGAAGUUCACUCUCGACGUGGUUCGGAAGUCACGCAAAGCCGUUGGUCGCGUUGCUGAAUAAACACUGGUUCCAUGCAACGUAAAAACACAAUACAAACAAACGAAUAAGUGUCUCUUGUUAAAGAUUUCAGGAAUUUUGUGCAUUAUCUGUGAUCGUUACAAGAAAAAAGUUUUGCAGUAUAUAUCCAAAUGGCUCCUGACCGGUGUUGUAGAUAUUCCAUGGUUUGUCACGUACUUGCUAUGGAGUUUUUCCUUUGGAAUGGAAAACAUAUGUUAGUUAUCCGUCUCGGAGACGUUUAUUUAAUUCAAGAAACGUGCAAAUACACGCUAAAGAAAAUUUCCAUCUGUCCCACUGGAAUUUAUGAAAACCUGAAGCACUGAGAUUACUGCAUAAGUAUUUCUUAAAUUUGCAAACCAUUGCCUGUGCUAUAUUUUUCUUUGAUUUUGGUAAAACUUGGAAGGUACCAGAGGGUUGGGAAUUACUUUCCCCAUAAUGGUAUUACUUCAACAUAAACAUAUUACGAUUGUCAGUGAAAAUCAUAAUGGCUAGCCACUUUCUAAAAGGACGAACAGAGCUUAUAGACCGCUUCACCUUCCUGAGAGCUCAAGAUGGAAAAACGCGAUGUUGAAGAUGCGCAUCGACAAAUAACGCCAGAACGCCACGACUCAUCUCGUGUAUACUGCGAACACUCCUCGCAAAGAGUGCAUAUGUUAUGUAUCAUUAAGACUGUACAGAUCUCUGAUCUCCCUCAAGUGUAAAUACUGUUCUUCUUCACAGAGGAUGUUAUCUGAUUCCUCAUCCUGCGCCCUGUAGAGGACAUCAUCCCAGACUUUUGAAGAUCGUUCACACGAUGCUCACCAAAUGUUUUAUCAAAGCUAGUUGACGGAUCUAAAUGUUGAGUGUUACCAUGAAGUACAAUGCGGUUUUCUAGUCAGUUAUUUUCAUUUUUUUAAGUGCAUCUUAUACCUAAGACAUGGCUGGAACUGUCGGGAUGCACGUGAAUAUUGAUGACAGAAAUCAGAUGACUGAUUUUAUGACAGUCUUUUAGCAGCGGUCUCCGGAAUGCUACUCUGUCAUGUUCGCCAAAGUCUUGGUUUUUCUUUUAUAACUGUGAAGUUAUCCUCUGCCAUUUUAUAUUUGUACAUUAAAUGAGAAUAGUAAUAGUUACUGUGUGUCUCGUGUGCAUUGUUUUAUUUUUGUUGUUAAGCAUUAUGUCAAAUAUCCCGAAAUGACAAUAAAAUUGUGU